UUCUGGGACAGGUCCUUGCAGGCAGAGAUGGGCAAGGCACUUCGGGCUAGCUACCCCAGCUCUCAAAAUAUGCUCCACUCCCUCUUUGUCUGCAUCUCAGGUGUAGCUGACCAGUUGCAGACCAACUUUGCCAGUGAACUUCGAGCCAUCCUGCACACGGUGUUCCUGGUGGUGGUAUCCAAGCCUGGACCAGAGGAAGAAGCAGAGGAAGGAGGCUGUAGCCUGGCUGCUCCUCUGGCAGAUUGCACCGGGUGUGUUGAAUAUGGCCGAGAGCCUCCAGCCUGGGUCCCGGAUCAUGCCUGUUUUCAUUGCACUGCUUGCCAGACUCCCUUUAGCCUCACUCGUCGGAGGCACCACUGCCGGAACUGUGGGAAGAUCUUCUGCUCACGAUGUUCAUCCAACUCUGUGCCUCUGCCUUGGUUUGGCUACAUGAAGCCCGUGAGGGUGUGUGACCACUGCUACGCUGCCCAUGUCAUCCCAGGCUGCUCCUGACAUCUCUGCCCCAUUUACUAGCCUUUGGGGCCGGCUGAUGGAACUGCUUGCUCCUGCUUGUGUCCAGACUUUGUGCU